AUGGCUGCCAUUGUCACAACUAGUACUUCAACUUCUGAGACUCCAACUUUCUCACAGUAUUCAUCAAAUUUGAAUGAUCCUUUGUUUUUACACCAUGGAGAGAAUCCUGGUGUUGCUCUUGUUUCUCAUCCUCUCCUUGGUGGAGAAAACUAUCUUGCUUGGGCUCGGUCAGUUAGGAAGUUCCUCAUUGCUAAGAAUAAGCUAGGUUUCAUAGAUGGUUCUCUCACUUUGUUAUCCCCAAUUACGAAUUCACCAUCUGCAAUUCAAUUCUUAAGCCAACUUGAUGUCAACAAUGCUUUCCUUCAUGGGGACUUGACUGAAGAGGUUUAUAGGGCACUCCCACCAGGCUUCCAAAGCAAGGGGGAGAUGUUGGGAUUCAUACAAUCCAAGGCAAAUUACUCUUUGUUCACUAGACAGCAAGGUGAGUCCUUUAUAGCUCUGUUAGUCUAUGUGGAUGAUGUGUUAAUUGCAACUAAUGAUAAAGAGCAAGUGGAUCAGUUCAAAGUGUUAUUGGAUCAAAAGUUUAAACUCAAAGACCUAGGUGAUUUAAAGUAUUUCCUUGGUCUAGAAGUUUCAAGAACAGUCAAGGGUAUAGCUCUUUGUCAAAGGAAGUAUGCCCUAGAGUUAUUGAGUGAUGCUGAGCUUCUUGGUUGCAAGCCAUCUAGAAUUCCAAUGGAGCAGAAUCUUAAAUUGAUUCAUAAGUUGAGUCAAUUUAUGUCAAAACCAAGGAGACCUCACUUGGAAAUUGCUUAUAAAGUCCUUCAGUAUUUGAAGAAUGAACUAGGGAAGGGAAUCUUUUUCUCUAAUGCAUCAGAAUUGUAUGUAAAGGGUUUUACAGAUUGGGCUUCAUGUCCAAACACAAGAAGGUCUGUGACUGGCUAUUGUAUCUUCCUUGGUGACUCUUUGAUUUCUUGGAAGUCUAAAAGGCAAUCCACUAUCUCAUGGUCAUCUGUAGAGUUAGAAUACAGAGCCAUGGCAACAAUAGCAACUUAUGAAGUUGUUUGA